AUGAUAUUCAUGCCAUUCGACACUCAAAUGGAUAUUCUGAACCCGAAAGCAACAUUUCAACCACCAGCCACCAAGGGCGCAUGCAUAAUAGUUAACAAAGAUAUGCCUAAAUGUAAGAAUGUUCUGCAUUUUCAAGGUGCUUGCUAAUGUGCCGCAGCCAGCAGAAAGGACGUCGCAGCUCAAGAUAAGAAGGAAGACCAGCACAGUUCUAACAUGCCGAUUCCUCGACAGAAAACCGAGACUAUGAUACGAAACAAAGUCAUCUGGCAAAAGAAUAUACGUCCUGGGGGUCGCAUCGAUUGGAUUAUAGUUGGAUUUAAUGCGUCAACAUCAGUCGAGAAGAAGGUUGAGGCGCAGAUUGAUUGGGGGAAGACUAUUGAGAAGGAUAGUAAAAAUUCUGAAGAUAAGAUCACUGCUACGAUACCACUUGAGCUAGAACCUACAGUCAAAGAGAAUGCACUACGUCUGGUUAUUGGAGAAAGCUUAAGAAAACUGGUUGUAGAAGCUGUUGAGGAGGAAGAGGCCAUUACCACGAAAUAUUUCAUGGAUGAGAUCGCCGUCCUCGAGGAGGGGGCAAUGUUGGGCAAUAAAAGUGGCGCAAAGUAUUCUGUAGGAUCGCAUGGAAAAUAUCGGAGUGCUGGAGAAGUAACAGUUAGUUUGUGCAGAGAGGCAAACCAGACACCUUUGAAAUAUUCACGGGACGGGAAAGUCGGCGAGGUUCUAUACACAGUAGGAGGAGUCUUUAAGCCUUCAAAAUGGCUAAGGCAGAUUACACCAGUCACGUCUAGUAAUUUGCCUAUCAGAGCCGAAAGAAAAAGUAGGGAUGCCGAGAGAAAGGGCAGAGACCUAUACUUGAGAACGCGGAGCAACCAGGAGUCAAAGACCACAUCGUCAAGCCCGACCCCAAAAAGACCACUCAGUAAGCUUCAUUCAUGUGGUGCGUCGCCUAAAUCACCACCAGUGGUGAAAUUACAUCCUGCCGAAGUCUUAAGGUCAUACCAAGGUAGCACAAAUUCGAGUUCGAACAACUUUACUCCAAAUUACUGCCCUACUUUCAACACACAAAGCUCAAAAGCACGACUUAACACCUCAAUCUGUCCUAGAACCAACCAUUCCUUGACCAUGCGACCCGAGAAAUCGGUCAUUGUUGCUUCGAGAAUGAUAACACAUGCUUUAGGUAAACGAACCAUUUCGAGAGUACUGAAACCUGAGAUUUGA